ACGCAUUGAUGUUCUUCCUCGCUCAUUCUCCGUCUCGACACUGUGAUUUUCCUCCUUGUCGAUUUUCCUUUUCUUCAAAUUUGAUUUGCCGCGUUCGCUGAACUCUAUUCUUCUUUCUUCCUUGUUGAACACAUUGAUCUUCUUCCUCGUUCAUUCUCCUUCUCGACACUGUGAUUUUCCUUUUCUUCAAAUUUGAUUUGUCGUGCGUUAUUUUCCAUCUUCCUCGCUGAAUACUAUUCUUCCUUCUUCCUCGUUGAACGUCGUGAUCUUCUUCCUCGCCCAUUCUCUUUCUCGACACCAUGAUCUUCUUCCUCGUCGAUCUUCUUCAUAGAAAUUCUUCCUCGACCACGGUACAAUUUUUUCUUCUAUUUUCCGUGUUUGUAAGUGUACAUUUCUUUCUUGAUUUUCUUUUUUGAUUUUAUACACCAUCCAUCUAUGGCUUCUUCCCCGUUGAUAAUGGCUUCUUCUAUCCUUCGAUAAUAGAUUCUUCUUUGUCCCCAAUUUCUUUUCUUUUGUCCUGCACUCUUUCUUCUUAUUAUUCUCUUCUUUUCUAGGUUUUAGAUCAUUUGUAGCCUUCCUUGUUCUUCUUCAUGUAUUUUUUUUUAGAUUUUCAGUAUGCUAGAAUCCCAUCAAUUUGGUUGUUGUAUUUAUGUUCUUUUCAAUCUUUCGUUAAUUUUUAUUAUUCUUUAUUUUUUAUUUUUUGUUAUGUAUAUAUAUAUAUAUUUUUAUGAAUAUGUAAGGAUGUGAACAUUUUUCUACCAUUGAUAGAUAAUGAUAGAGUUCUAUCACUUUCUAUCAGUGAUAGAUAGCUAUAGAGUUCUAUCACUCUCUAUAAGAGUGAUUGAGCUCUAGAGCUCUAUCAUUCUCUAUCAGUGAUAUUCUGUGAUUGAGCUUUAUCAUUGUUUAUCACUGAUAGAUAGUGAUAGCACUCUAUCACAGUCUAUAAGUGAUACACAAUGAUAGAGAGUGAUAGCACUCUAUCAUUUAUGGAUCUUUGAAUAUGUACGGAUAUUAACAUUUCUCUACCACUGAUAGACACUGAUAGAUCUCUAUCAUUGUCUAUCAGUUAUAUAAAGUGAUCGAGCUCUAUCACUAAUAGAUAAAAAGUGAUAGAACUCUACCACUCAAUCACUUUAUUAUUCUUUAUUUUUGAAUUAUUGUUGUGCAGAUAGAUAGUUUUUGGUGUGACUAUGUAUGGAUGUGAACAUUUCUCUACCACUGAUAGACAAUAAUAUACAUCUAUCACUGUCUAUGAGUUAUACAAAAUGAUAAAGCUCUACCACUGAUAUACAGAGAUAGAGUUAUAUCACUAUUGAUAGCACUGUCUAUCAAUGACACACAAUAAUUGAGCUUUGCACUUAUAGACAGUGAUAGACAUCUAUCACUAUCUAUCAGUGAUACAAAGUGAUAGAAUUCUAUCACUGAUAGUGAUAGAGUUCUAUCACUUUGUAUCAGUGAUAGACAGUUAUAGAGCUCUAUCACUCUUUAUAACAGUGAUUAAGCUCUAUCUCUAGUGAUAUACUAUGAUUUAUACUGUGGUUGAGCUUUAUCAUUAUCUAUUACUGAUAGACAGUGAUACCACUUUAUCACUAUCUAUCAGUGAUAGAGCUAUAUACAUAUUAACAUCUUUCUUAUACAAUAUUCUUUUCCUUUUAUUGCAGUAAAUUGAUACUAUGGUUAAUAUUCUUGUAGUCAUUUUUUAUGGUGGAUAGCGGACUCAUUACAACUUUUAUGAGAAUUAUAGUGUUGUUGGAGUUUUUGUUAAUGAUAUGAUAGACUUCAAUGGUUUAGUUAGUUUGAUAUUGGGUGAAAUUUAGUUGGAUGUUUCAAUAGGUUUAUCAGUAUUAUUGGAUUUUGAUCAAACUAAUAUUCAAUCUGUAUUUCAAAUAAAGCAAGAUAAGGAUGUCAAUUGGUAUUUUUCUUUGGCUAAAGAUUCAGGGACUAGGCAUCCUUUAGUUGCUCAUGUUAGUCAUCAUUCUGUAGAAGGAUCUUGCAGUGGUAUUAGUGGUGGAGGUGGUGAUAGGUUGCUAUGUUUAGGUUCUUCUUCUAGUUUUUCAAAUGAUCAAGUUAUACAAAAUGUUGGUUUUAAUGGUGAUUUGAAGGGAAAAUAUGUAUUUGGAAGUAAAUAAAUACUGUCUAAGUGUUUUUAUGUAAUAGCAGUGAAUUAGAAUUUUCAAUUCAGGACUACACGGUCAAAUUCAAAGUCACUUGAGUUGAAAUGUUUGCAAGAAGACUGUCAAUCAUGUGUUCGGGCAUCUCAGUACAAGAAGAGUGAGUUGUGGAUGCUUAGAAAGUAUAUUUUCGACCAUAAUUGUUCAAUGAUUACAACUCAAAGUUGCCAUAGGCAAGCUUCUUCAUCUGUAAUUGGGGACUGCUUGAAAGAGGAUUUUAGAUUUAUCUCUACUGAUCAUUCCCUUCCUAGAGAUAUUGUUCAUAAGGCUCGUACUAAGCAUGGUGUUAAUAUUAGUCAUCAAAAAGCUUGGAGGGCAAAAGAACACAUAUUAAGAUCAUUAAAUGGUAAUGCAGUUGAAUCAUAUAGCUUGAUUCCACCGUUUUUUGAAAGGUUGAAAGAAACGAAUCCAGGAACGUACAUUGCUUUAAAGAUUGAUGAAAAUUGACAUUUUAAAUUAUGUUUCAUGGCUAUCGGUGCACCUAUUGAGGGGUGGAGGUACUGUAGACCUACCAUUGAUGACACGUUUUUGAAGUAUAAGUUUGGUGGUACUCUACUAUCAGCUUCCACACUAGAUGGAUUUGAGAAGUGGUCUCGUGCAUAUUCUCGAAGAAUAAGGUAUGAAAUGAUGACAACAAACCCUUUAGAGUGUGUAAAUUCUGUUUUGAAAGAGAAUAGGAACUUAUCGGUUGCAAGUUUACUCGAUGCAAUUAGAGGUUUACUGCAAAAAUGGUUUCAUGAUCGAAGGAAAGCUAGUUUGUCAAUGACAACAAUUUUGACUCCUUGGGUAGAUAAUAUAUUACACAACCAACAUGAACAAUCAAAAAGUUUCAUGGUUCAUCCUAUUGACAACGUUGAAUACUCAAUAAUGGAUGGUGAUAAACAAUUCCUAGUAAAGCUUAAUUUGAGAUCUGUAGCCGUCGAGUAUGGGAUUUUGAAGAAAUUCCAUGCUCUCAUGGGCUUGCUGUUCUUCGGCUUCUUAACAUGGAUAUUUAUUCCUAUGUAUCUAAUUAGUAUUACUCAAGCGCGUUGUCAUGGACAUAUAUGGGUUGUGUUCGACCUUUUGGAGUCAUUCAAAUUGGAGGGUUUUAGAUGAUGGUAUUAGAGCAUUACCUCCUAUUUUUGAACGUUCAGUAGGAAGACCUAGAAAACAAAGGAUUAUAUCUAUAGGUGAAGCUAAAAAUAGUUCAUUAAGAUGUAGUCGUUGUCAUUCUAAAGGUCACAAUUCUAGGAUUUGCAAA